AUGAGAGGCGUCCAAAAAGCCGUUCUGAAAAGGGGGAAGGUGGUCGAUAAAUUCCGGUUCUCAAUCUCAGGAACCGUGAUUCCAUCGAUAACGGAGCAACCAGUCAAGAGCCUGGGAAAGCUCUUUGACUCCAGCCUGAAGGACUCUGCUGCUAUCCGGAGGUCUACUGAAGAGCUUGGUGGUUGGCUCGGCAAGGUGGACAAGUCUGGCCUGCCUGGCAGAUUCAAAGCCUGGAUCUACCAGCACUCCAUCCUUCCCAGAAUCCUGUGGCCUCUCCUCGUCUAUGCAGUCCCAGUAACGACGGUGGAAUCCUUUGAAAGGAAGAUCAGCAGCUUUCUGCGGAAAUGGCUGGGUCUUCCUCGCAGCCUCAACAGCGCUGCCCUGUACGGGACUAGCAACAACCUGCAGCUGCCCUUCAGUGGGCUCACUGAAGAAUUCAAGGUGGCACGCACAAGAGAAGCCCUACAGUACAGAGAAUCCAGGGACGGCAAGGUGUCAUCAGCCGGCAUUGAAGUGAGGACAGGAAGGAAGUGGAAGGCAGAAAAGGCAGUGGAGGUGGCUGAGUCACGCCUUAGGCAAAAGGCACUGGUUGGGACUGUGGCAACAGGGAGAGCUGGAUUGGGCUACAUCCCAAAGACCCAGGUCAGCCAGGCUCGGGGCAAGGAAAGACAACAUCUACUCCAGGAGGAGGUCCGUGCAGGCCUGGAGGAAGAGCGAGUGGGCAGGGCAUUGGGACUCCGGCAACAGGGAGCAUGGACAAGAUGGGAGGGCACUUUGCAGCGCAAAGUCACCUGGUCGAACAUCAUGCAGGCAGACCUCCACCGUGUCCGGUUCCUCGUAGCGGCAGUCUACGAUUCCCUCCCCAGCCCAGCAAACCUCCAUGUGUGGGGGAAGAGCGAGACACCCUCCUGCUCCCUUUGCUCCGGGAGAGGCUCCCUGGAACAUCUCCUCAGCAGCUGCCCAAAGUCCCUGGCUGAUGGUCGCUACCGCUGGCGCCACGACCAGGUACUGAAAGCAGUUGCCGAGAGUAUAGCCACCGCCAUCAGCUCUAGCAAACACCAUCAUGCUCCAAAGAAGGCCAUCUCCUUCAUCAAAGCUGGAGAGAGACCCCGUGCACGUCCAAAGAUAACAACAGGACUCCUCCACACAGCCCCUGACUGGAAGCUCCACGUUGACCUGGGAAAACAGCUGAGGUUCCCCCAGCAGAUAGCAAAAACAUCGCUUCGGCCAGACAUGAUCAUCCUCUCAGAGGCUUCAAAACACCUGAUCAUGCUGGAACUUACCGUGCCCUGGGAGGAGCGGAUUGAGGAGGCCAACGAGAGGAAACGGGCCAAGUAUCAGGAACUAGUGGAGGAGUGCAGGGGAAGGGGCUGGAGGACUUUCUAUGAGCCCAUAGAAGUCGGCUGUCGAGGCUUCGCAGGACGCUCCCUCUGUAAAGUCCUUGACCGGCUGGGAAUCACAGGGGUGGCCAAGAAAAGGGCCAUUCAGUCUGCAAGUGAAGCUGCAGAGAAAGCCACAAGGUGGUUGUGGUUGAAGAGGGCAGAUCCGUGGGUUGCUACUGGGACACAAGCCGGGACUUGAUCCACCCCGGCUGGGUCACUAGGACGAGGGUGUCUGAUGUUGCGAGACCCGAAACACUCAAUGAAUCCUAGAUACAUCACUGAUGAUGUGUCCCAGUGCAUCCAGGAGAUGUAUCU